GCAGGUGCCGGGAUAAAUCCCGGAGCCUCGUGGGGCUGCCAGCCAGCGCCCCGGUGCCCGAGGAGGACGAAGAGGCUUCUCCGCGCGCAGCGAGGGCAGCGUGUCCCGGGAAGUAUGAGCUCCAUGUAACAAGCAAACUCAGAGGGAGUAGACGCCUAGGUCUUUAUAUGAGUAUGUCUGUCUGUCUUCAUAGGUGUCAGUCAGAAUAUGGCUCCCAACGUGAAGUCAGCAAAGAAAGUAUUCGUUUUCUUAGGAAAAUCAGUAUUUAGUCUUCUGGAGACUAUGAUUUUUACCUUAAUCCCAAAGCCACGGAAGAACGUUGCUGGUGAAAUCGUACUCAUAACAGGUGCUGGGAGUGGACUCGGAAGGCUCUUAGCCCUUAAAUUUGCCCGCCUCGGAGCUGUGCUUGUUCUCUGGGAUAUCAACAAGGAGGGGAAUGAGGAGACGUGCAACAUGGCUCGGGACGCCGGAGCCACAAGAGCCUAUGCCUAUACCUGUGACUGCAGUAGGAAGGAAGAGGUGUACCGAGUGGCCGAUCAGGUUAAAAAAGAAGUUGGUGACAUUUCCAUCCUAAUCAACAAUGCUGGCAUCGUAACAGGCAAAAGGUUCCUCGACUGCCCGGAUGAGCUUAUGGAAAAGGCUUUUGAUGUGAAUUUCAAAGCACAUUUGUGGACUUAUAAAGCCUUUCUACCUGCUAUGAUCGCUAAUGCGCAUGGACACUUGGUUUGCAUUUCAAGUUCAGCUGGAUUAUUUGGAAUAAAUGGGCUGGCAGAUUACUGUGCAAGUAAAUUUUCAGCGUAUGGAUUUGCUGAAUCUAUUUUUUUCGAACUAUUUGCCCAGAAAAUAAAGGGGAUCAAAACCACUAUUGUGUGCCCAUUUUUUAUAAACACUGGAAUGUUUGAAGGUUGUACUACUGGCUGUCCUUCUCUGUUACCGAUUCUGGAACCAGAGUAUGUAGUCAGAAAGAUAGUAGAUGCUAUCCUGCAAGAAAAAGUGUACUUGUAUAUACCAAAGUUUAUAUACGUCCUGAUGUUUUUAAAAAGUAGGCCCAGGAAGAAAGAUGAAUGGCCUCAUUUUACACUGGAAGAAACUGAGGCCCCCGAGCUCAGCAACUUGCCUGCGAUGACAUCGUACAUGACAGAGCUGGGUUUCAAGCCAGGCUCAUCUGACUCCACGAGACGUCCCUGCUUCCAGCCCAUCAUUACAUCGUGUAGGGCAGCUUUGGAAAUGGACGUGGGAAGUCAGUUGAAUGACUGUCCUGCCCACCAAGUUGCUACUGCUCAUAGGUGAAUAUGUGGGUGCCUUCAAUUUUAUGGAUGGCUUCGUUGGAAAGAAAAAGAACUGAAGACCAACUCUAUGGCUGAUGUCAUCUAAAACCCAACAUUACAUACUGCUUAUUUCAAUGAAGGGAAGGGUUUUUGUCUGACAGAAUAUAUCGGGAGAUGAAAAGUACCAUUCGUGUUCUUCUAUCUGGACUGGAAUAUUCAGCCAAUACUUUUGAAAAUAAUGUUGCCAUCCGGUUUUUUGUCGAGUGCUUUUAUUUAUGAUGAAUAAAAACAGCUCAUUUUUGUCA